AUGGAUGGAGUUGAGAAUAUGAAUAUACGAAGGGGGCAGUUAAAAGCGUCGAUAACGCGCUUUUGGAACAGCCUACAAUCUCCAAAUGUCGAUCCAGUCGAGAUAAAAGCUCGACGAGAAAAGAUUGAAGAGGUGUGGAUAGAGUAUGAGCAACUUCAAUCUGUGAUAGAGGCGCAGAAAGAGGUCGACAUAAAUACACAGAAUGAGUAUAGGGAAAUAUUCGAGGACCUAUACUUUAAAAGUGUGGCAGCGGCGGAGAAAAUAAUUACACAAACGAAGGGCACAGAGGAGCGCGAAAAAAGCAAAAGCGAAACGUUCUAUGAAAAAAAAGCAACCCCGGCAGUUAAGUUAGCAGCGUUAAAUGUGCCUACAUUUAACGGAAAUUAUCAUGAAUGGGCGUCAUAUUAUGAUAUAUUUUCCGUAUUAGUGGAUAAAAAUCCGGAUAUAAGUGAUAUAGAAAAAAUUUUCCAUUUGCGAGCAUCACUGUCCGGCGAAGCACUAGCGUCUAUACAAUGUUUGGAGACGACGGCGAAUAAUUAUGCGAUAGCUUGGAAAUCUCUUGUGCAGCGGUACAAUAACAAACGAGUGUUAGUACAGGCACACGUAAAGUCCAUAUACGACCUUGAAGCAAUGAGUGGCGAAUCGGCGAGUAAGCUAAGACAAUUUACGGACACGCUCAGUGGACACAUGCGGGCUUUAGAGGCGCUAGGCGAACGACCCGGGGAUUGGGGACCACUAUUAAUACAUUUAAUCGCAACAAAAAUUGAUAAAACCACAUUGAGAGAGUGGGAAUCAAAAUCGUCGCAUGAUAAGGUGCCAACGGUGUCGGAGAUUAUUCAAUUCUUGGAAUCGAAAUUCAAGGUUUUAGAAGCCAUAGAGGUCGCAAAAAACAUAAGUGUUCGAGCGCAGCGGCCUAUAGAAACCAGCGCGAAAAAAUAUUAUGAAAAAGGAAGCGCGUCGAAGUCGUUCACGUCUACGUCAAAAUUAAAAUGUUAUGUGUGUGGAUCAGAACAUACGAUUUAUAAGUGCCCUACAUUUUGUGGUUUAGACAUAUCGGAUAGAAUAAAACGCGCAACGGAGCUUGAUUUAUGUAAAGUUUGUUUACGUAAACACGACGGUCGAAAAUGUAACGAGCGAUUUUGUUUCAAAUGUGCAAAGCCGCACAACACGCUUUUGCACUUGUCUGGAGUGGGAAAUAAAUCAACGACAAACGAACAAAUACAGGUUCAGUCGACAACAGCUGGCUUGAAUAUUGCAGGAAGGAGCGAUGAAGAGUCAAAGUCCAUAAGUGCCCACGCGUCGGUAAUAUUGGACGAUCGUAUUUUAUUGGCGACAGCGAUAAUAUUAUUGCGUGACGAGAUAGGUAAUUUGGUACCCGGACGGGUAUUACUGGACUCUGGGUCACAGAGUAAUUUAAUUACUGAAGAAAUGGUUCAAGUGCUAGGACUUAAGAAAAAACGUAUUAAUCAUAGCUUAUUGGGAAUCGGAGAUAGCGCGCAGACAGUGUCGUCGACAGUGAAUACAACGAUCAUAUCAAAUUAUAACGAGUUCACAUUAUCUACAUCGUAUUUAGUCGUAAAACGCAUAACGACAAACAUACCGUCAAGAGUGUUUAAAGGAAAUUACGUAAUUCCUAACGGUGUACAGUUGGCUGAUCCAUCAUUUCUAAAACCACAGAAAAUAGAUUUAUUAAUUGAGGCCAAUCACUUUUUCGAUUUAAUGCAAUCUGGACGACUUAAACCAAUAGCGGAGGGACCGGUGUUCCAAGAGACGUGCUUGGGAUGGGUGGUUUCGGGUCCGUUAGGACUUCCGGAAAAAUCCGAAUAUGAACACUCAUCCAGUGCGAUAUGUUUACUGACGGGUGAGACCCCGGAGACAGAUUUGGAAAGGAUAAUUGCGACAUUCUGGAGGCUCGAGGAGUAUGGAGAAAAAAAAGUAUACACUUUGGAAGAAAAGGCGUGUAAAAAUGAUUUUGAAAAAAAUGUUAAACGGAACGGCAGUGGCAGGUUUGUCGUACACUUACCAUUCAAAAAAGAUAAACCUAAAUUAGGAAACUCGUACGAGAUAGCGAAGCGUCGGCUGUUAUCGUUGGAAAGGCGUUUUCAGAGGGAUCCAAAAUUAAAGACAGAAUAUUCUAAUUUUAUGUCUGAAUAUGAAGAACUUGGGCAUAUGGAGAUUAUCGUCCCCGCGUCAUAUUUGGCAACGGCGUGUUUGGAAAAUUUGGCAGAAGCUGAAUACGAAAAUUAUCCCGAUGCGUGUUUGUCAAUCGUAAGAAAUUUUUAUAUGGACGAUUACUUAGGGGGUGCCAUGAAUAAAUCGGAAGCAUUAAAAUUACGAGACAAUCUUACGGCAAUUAUGAAAGGUGCGGGCUUGGUACUGCGUAAAUGGAUGUCUAAUGAUAGCGAUCUAAUCGCAGACGUUCAAUGUACCAGUGGCGGAGUGCGGGCGGUGGGUGAUACUAAGUCAACAAAGAUAUUAGGACUAAAUUGGAAUUCAGAUAACGAUGUGCUAUUAUACACCGUGCGCCAAAUAGAAGAUAAACUAAUAACAACAAAACGAAAAAUAUUAUCCGAAAUAGCGACCAUAUUUGACCCGUUAGGACUGCUCGGCCCAGUAAUAGUAAAUGCAAAGUUAAUAAUGCAAAACCUGUGGCAGGUAAAGGCUGGUUGGGAUGAUCCACUACCGGAGAGCAUUCAAAACGAAUGGCUUAAAUGUCGGGACGGCCUGUCACAGUUAAACGAAAUAUCAAUACCACGAAAAAUAAUAUUCGACGGUAUAAAUAUAGAAUUUCAAGUGCAUGGUUUUGCAGAUGCGUCCUUAAAGGCGUAUGGCGCCUGCCUAUAUCUGCGUAGCACUGAUUUGGUAGGAAAGAAUGUCGUAAAUUUAAUUUGCGCAAAGUCAAAGGUGGCGCCAUUGAAAGUCAUAUCGCUACCACGUUUGGAGUUGUGUGCCGCACUACUAUUAGCCCGGCUAGCAAGCCGAGUAAUCCCAAAAUUAAAUUUACCUAUAGUCCAGCGUCGAUUCUGGAGUGACUCGAAGGUAACACUCGCAUGGAUAUCGUCACCAUCAACCCGAUGGAAGACCUUUGUAGCCCAUAGGGUCGGGGAGGUGCAAGAUUUGACGUUAUUUAGUGAAUGGGCACACGUAAGUACGCUGGAUAAUCCGGCAGAUCUUAUAUCACGUGGCUGUGAGGCAAAACGUAUAAAGGAAAAUGCGAUUUGGUGGCAUGGCCCCAAGUGGCUCAGCGAGGAGAGUACAGCGUGGCCAAUUGUCGAAUCGAAAGCGUAUACUGCGACAGACACAAAUAUACCCGAGGCGAAAGAUAACACCACGACGGCAGAAACGUGCAGUUUAACUUGUACAGCGAAAUGUAAUUAUCCACUUUUAUCCGAACGGUCUUCGUUAAGUAAAAUCAUACGUAUAACGGCGUAUUGUUUACGCUGGCGAAAGAAAAAAUUGAUUGUCGGCCCAUUGCAAGCAUUCGAAUUAGAAUACGCAAACCUCGCAUUGAUAAGAAUGGUGCAGCUAGAACACUUCGGCAAGGAAAUAAAAGCUUUAAGCGGAAGUACACAAGUAGCCACAACAAGCAAACUAUUUAGAUUACGACCAUAUUACGAUAAAGAAAAACUUCUACGCGUCGGCGGUCGAUUAAAAAAUGCAAUAAACCUGGACAUGCAUCAGCGAAACCCGAUAGUCCUACCCAGUGAUAGUCCGUACACACGACUAUUAUUUCGCCGUGAACACGUACAACUAUUGCAUAGCGGUCCACAAGCACUCAUAGCUUCGAUUCGGCAGCGAUAUUGGCCGUUGAAGGCGCGUGCGAAAGGUCCGUCAGUAAGAAUUGGGACAGUGGUAAUACUUCGGGACACCAACCUGCCUCCUUUGCAGUGGCGCUUAGGACGAGUGGUCAAGGUCGAGCCUGGUGCAGACGGUGUGAUCCGUGCAGCAUCGGUUCAAACCAGUAGCGGUGUAUGGAAAAGGGCGGUGCGCUUACUUUGUCCUUUGCCAUUUGAGGGGAAUGCGAUUUAG